AUGACCGAAGAGCACCAAGAACAACAGCAGAUGAGCAAAUUGUCUUUGCAAGAUCGUCUCUCGGCUCUUGUCAAGCAUCCACAAUUCUACUGGUGGUGUGGUCAUGUCUGCAUGGUGGCAAAUGCUCUUUUAUACUUCAUGUCUGUACUAUCGCUACAUCCAUACUCGAGCUAUUACAAGCGAGCCUAUGCGGGAUCACUAGUAUCAUAUGGAAUUGUGAUAUGGAAGUCGAUUGGGUUUCCCAAGAAGUUUGAUAUGGAGUUUAUUCGCAAUGAGAAUGUACAGUACUUUGCAUUGGCGUUCUAUUGGUACUCUUACCAACCGAUCAUAGUGACAUUGGUUCCUUUCCUCGUCUUUUCACUCUUCCAUAUGUUCGCAUACAUCCCCAGUGGAAUUGCACCUACUUUUUUCCCCAAGAACGAUAAUCCAAUGGUCGCCCAGACAUGUGAGUCUAUCAAGCAAUACACCGAUUCAAACCAUGAAACUGCCAUGCAGCUGGCUGCGUAUGUGGAAGUCAUUGGAGUGAUGGGUCAACUUGUUUUGGGUGUUGCUAGUUUUCAGACAUCCAUUCUUGCAUUGAUUGUUUUUGCACACUUCUUGCGACUCCGCUAUUACCUUUCACCAUAUACUCGAGAUGCUAUCCACCAGACAACAGCCCAACUCGAUCAAUGGUUGCUACCACUCGCCAACGACCCAAGACGAUAUGCACAGAUCAUCUCCAAGAUUUAUUCAAAUGCAAAGGGUAUUAUCAUCCGUUACGGCAGUGCAUCACAAACGUCUACAACAACUACACCAACGACGCGAGAUCGUAAUGGCCAUGCAAGGCUAAAUCGACGAUGA